UUGGUGCCAGUUUCAGCUUGUUUUCUCGAGACACUAAAGAAGUGUGAAGCCCCAAAAAAUAUUUGAGCAGACAACACUACAAUUGAUAUUAAGUAACGUUCACUGUGAGCAAGACCUCAUUCAUCAAGAAAUAUUUAAAGGAACGCGGCAGCGUUUUAUUUUAGGCGAAAUGCAUCUUCGAUCUACUUGGUGUGCAAUUCUUCUUCUGACCAUUGGUGUUCACGGGCACACCACUGUUACAAACUUCACUGAGGCGAGUUACGACAUGGGUGAAGAAGCGCAGAAAAUUGGUCAAGUUAUGAAGGAGUUCAGUAGAAGGAUGAUGGUCGUCCUUCGAAACCAGUCAAACGUUGACGAUGAGGAGCUGUGCUGCAAAUAUAAGGACAUCAUUUCCGAGGCCCUCGACGCUGUGAAAGACCUCGAUCCCUUCGAACCUGGAAAGAUGCAGCAGGCACGCGACGCCAUAGAAGCCAUCCUUCUAAGAAAUCAAAACAGGACUGCCUUCGAGGACAUGAACCUUUUCGGUGCUUUCAUGAAGGUUGUCGGAGAUGACAUCACUGACAUCGGCCAGGAGUUUAUCGACCGAGGCAUCCAACUGUGCGGAAACAUUGUGAUCGAAGAUGGGCUGACAGACUUUGAGAAGAACAACUUUGAGUACUGCGCCAACGUUUUCAAGCUGAGCUCAAUGCAAAACUGGAAAGAAUAAAGUUCACCAUAAUGGAUAAAUUUUUCUAAAGUACAACAA